AUGACGGAGGACUCCCUGGCUGUUCCCCCUUCUCUCUUGCUGGUGACCACCAGGCAUGACGGAGGACUCCCUGUCUGCUUCCCCUUCCCUCUUGCUGUUCCUGUGGAAGACCCAAUCAGGGAAAUAACGGAAUACAUGGACCCCGGUCACGAGGAGGUCUGGGAGAAGGGUCCAUGCAAUAAACAGAUUGCCUUCUUGAUAUUGCGAGAAGGAGACCAGGUGAAUUUCUUCCGUGUUAUAGACAGGGGAGAUGGAACGAUAACCCCGUUAUCUGAAUCGUUAAGCGGUGGUUCAGUUUAUAAUUUGUACCCUGACGAUGACGAAGAUGCGGAGGCCUCCCCCUCUGGCCAGCAGAUCAUUGAGAACUCUAUUACAAUGAAUAAAAUGAAGCUGCUCAAGGCCAAGAUGGAGAGCAUGAAUCUCGGCAAAAAGCCGAAGAAGCUUGUGAAAGUGUUUCCCCACCCGCCAGCGGCUCCUCGUCCGGCCAGCGGAUCAGUGGCGGCCGCUCGCCACCGUUUUUUCCAGGCGCUCCCUCAGAUCGGACAGUCUCGCUUUCCGCCCCCCGGCAAUCCGUUUGCCUCAGAAUCGCCUCCAAAAGCACCUUCCGUUUUGGGCACGGCUGGUAGGAGGGUGCCCGCCAUUACCAGUGACUUCUUUACGGGAAAUGACCGCUGGGAGGCCAGCCCCCAGCCUCAGUCAGUCGGGACCCUCAGGCUGACACCCAGAACUCCGCGUUCAGAAAAAGAAGCCGCUAAAUUUCCCACAGACGAUACGGUGUUCAUCCGAGCUCCGCCUCCAGGUUCUGAAAAAAGCACUGAAAAUGGCAGGGCAGAAAACGAGAGCGGUCAUGUUUUUCUCCCAGAUCUCAGCAGCACAGAUUUACACGCCACAGAAGAAAAGCCAGACUUGGUCCCAAACAGGGAUGCUGUGACAUUGACAGAAUCAAAUGCCGCUGAACUGUGCGGUGAACUAUUUGCAGGAAAGGUGAUCCCAGCACCGACGGGGAUGUUUGCUGGGGAUGAAGACUGCAACGCUGCGGAACUUCCUGGCAAGCCCAAUACAGAACUGUUGACCUCCGGCACAGCAGAGGCUUGUAUUCCGAACUUUCACGAAUUAAGUUCUCAGAAGAACACAUGCCAUUCCCAUCUUCAGGGCUCAUCCCAAGGGACAAGCUGCAGUCCUCAGAAGCCUCCACUCCCAUCACGGUCCUUCGAGGCCGGUAACUUCAGGCCUGCCGCUCCUCCGCAUGUAUUGCGAUCGCUGGAGGUGCACGGCUCGACGGACUCCUCUUCCGCCAGGAGCCCUAGGUACCCCGGUGUCAGAAUAGACUCACCUGGCAAAAGACCUGAUAUCCAUUCUAAAGCGGAGGCCAGGGAAAUGGCAGGAGUUGCUGUCAAAGCAUCCAAAGAACCCGUCGUUUCUGCAAAUAACGUAGGAUUUCUGUCCUCACUGGCCCGGAGCACAAACAGGGACGGUUUGCAGAAUCCCCGUGGCGCGAGCCGCUUUCGGACUUCUGGCAUUGCACUGACUACACUCUUCCAGCAUUUUCAGGACGACAGCUUCAGAAUGGCCUCUCCCCACAAUGACGUGCCUGGAUAUUUUUUAGUAAGUACGACACCCCUGGGCAUGGAUUAUGGAAAUAUCAUGGCUACAGGGAAAAGAAUAGGUGAUGCGGCUCAUCUCCCACCUGUGAACGGUUCAGUUCAGACUAAAAAGAAAAUAGCCAAGCACUGCUGCUUCUGCGGAAAGAAAACAGGAUUAGCAACCAGCUAUGAAUGUAGAUGCGGAAACAACUUCUGUGCAACUCACCGCUAUGCAGAGACUCACUCCUGUACCUAUGACUACAAGAACGCAGGACGGCGGUACUUGCAGGAGGCGAACCCUGUGGUCAGCACUCCCAAACUUCCCAAAAUCUAAGCCGGGUUGCAUGGCAUGUAUCCAGAAUCCCGCGGCGCGGAGAGAAGCGGCAGCAGCCUGGACUGCGUUCCUUGGGCUGCGCUUUCAGUAUAAGAUUUGCCAAGUAGCCCAAAAGCUGCCAGGCUGCGUGUGACCGAAGAACAAUGCAAACACGCCUGUCGCCGGGCAUCCUUAUUCCCGAGUGAAUCGAAAGUUUUAAAAGUAGUUUUUAAAAAUGUACAUUCUGAUUUAACUGUGUUAUGUACGCCUUGUCUUCAGUGUUUUAUAUUUGAAAAAAGCUCUUUCACUAGACGAGUCUUUUAAAGAUGCACUUUAAUGGACGUUUUAAUAUAUAUUUUAUAUCCAGUCGUGAGGAGGGUCUGUAAGUGAGGACGUCAGGCCUUCUGUGUUCUACCGUGCUUUUUUUGUCCACACUGUGGUAUCUUAAAUUAUUUCCGCAAGAA